AUGAAUGGGACUGCUAGGAGAUAUAUGAUCCAGGAUGUAAAGGACUCGCUACGGAACUCAUCGAUCCAUCUAUCCCAAUGGAAGUUAUUGAAAUCUGCCAAAUGGUCAAUAGAAGCAUUACGAGGCAUGGAAGAUAUACCGCUGGACAGUGGCGAUAUGAAUGAGGAUAAUAUGAUGGAUGCGAACUCGUCCAAUAAUCAUGCAAAUACUAUCUUUAAUGAGCAUAAACGUGGAGGCAUACCGAAAAUGAACGAAGGUUUCACUGAAGAUGAAUUUGAUAAAUACUUAUUAGCGUCGUCACUAUUUGAUUGCAAAGAAUUUGAUAGAUGUGUUUAUUUCUUGGCAAACGUUGAUGAACCAAGACUAAUGUUUUUAAAACUUUAUUGUAAAUAUUUAUCAUGGGAUAAGAAAACUGUGGAGAGUGUAGAGAACGUUCUUGUUACCGGGAAAGCGAGAGAUUCAAACCAUUGUAAUGAUAACUCAGAAUUAGGAAGGGACAAUGAACAGAAUUCUGAGACAAGUGGGUUUACUAGUUAUCUCAAAUCAAAGAAGAAUAGCGGUAUACAACAUAUGGAAGAUGGUCAUCAAUCUAGUGUGGCUCUUAUCUUAAAAGAACUUAGAAACUACUUAAACAAGAAUGAAGCUGACCUUUUACAUUCCAAAGAAGGUGCAUUAGGGGUGGCAUUACUUUAUUACCUGAAAGGUGUUCUGUUAAAUCAGAAUGGUAACAAACCACAAGCCCUUACUGCAUAUGUCACCUCACUGAGUCUAUACUCCUUCAAUUGGACCUGCUGGGUGGAAUUGCUGGAUUGUAUAUCUAGACCAGAUGAAUCGUUAUUAAUUUUAAAGCAUUUAAAUGAACAAUUCGAUUUGAGUGAACAAAAUCAUUAUGGAACUCAACGAAUAAAUACCGAGAAUAUCAUGCUUAAAUUCUUUAAACUUUCUUUAUUCCAAGAAUUCAGUGGAAACAUUGAUGAAUUCUUGGGAAACUUAGAGUUACUAUUAACAAUAACUCCAAAUUUUGCAUAUCUAAAGGCUCAAAAUGCUUUAGUGUAUUAUAACCAUAUGGAUUACUCAAAUUCUGAAAGCAUAUUUGAUCAGAUAAUAAAACUGGAUCCGUAUAGACUAGAAGAUCUGGAUAUAUAUUCCAAUAUUCUAUAUGUGAUGCAGAAACAAUCAAAACUGGCAUAUUUGGCUCAGUUUGUCUCUCAAAUAGAUAGAUUUCGUCCAGAAACUUGUUGCAUCAUAGCAAAUUAUUACAGUGCUAGACAAGAACAUGAAAAAUCAAUAAUGUAUUUCCGCAGGGCUUUAAUACUAAACAAAAAAUCCACAAGUGCUUGGACUUUAAUGGGCCAUGAAUUUGUGGAAUUAAAGAAUUCUCAUGCAGCUGUGGAAUGUUACCGCCGUGCAGUCGAUAUAAAUAACAGAGAUUUUAGAGCUUGGUACGGAUUAGGUCAAGCCUAUGAGGUACUUGACAUGCACAUGUAUUCAUUGUACUAUUUCCAAAAAGCAUGCGCCUUGAAACCUUUGGAUCGUCGUAUGUGGCAAGCUACAGCUGAAUGUUAUGCCAAAUUAAAAUAUUCUAAUGGAGCAAUUAAAUGCUACUUGAGAGCAUUACAAUUAUCGACAAUCCCUGAUCAAGAAUCCUUAUUAUUUUACAAAUUAGCUGAACAAUAUGAAGAAACGGCAGAACUAGACAGGUGUAAAUCUUACAUGAUUAAAUGUAUGGAACUAGAGAGAUCUAAUGAGGGGCUUGUCACUGAUGAAGCCAUCAAGGCAAAACUUUGGCUGGCAAAGAAUGAAUUUCAAAAUAAAAAUUACGAAGAAGCCUAUAAUUACGCUAUUAGCAUCACAAAUGGAACAUCACAGGAGGUCGAGGAAGCACGCACAAUUGCCAGGAAUUGCAGAUUGCUUCUUAAGUAA